GAUCCAAAAGGAAAGCGAGAGAAUAAAAUAUUGAGAGGUGGAGUGGAGAGAAGAUUCCGCCUCAGGCGCCUCUCUCUAGGCUAUAUAGCAAUGCACUAGCUUUCUUAGUUCAUAGGCAAGCCAAGGCUGUCCACCGUCACUUCCCUUCUUUCAUGUCUAAUCACAAAAGGAAGUUCCCUCCAGUCAGUGUGAACCAAAAUAAAAGAAGCAAACUCGGUCCCCUCCGUCUCCCGUCCUUCCUCUUCUCCUCGAAGAAAACCAGAGAGUCAGUGGAAGUGAUGGCGUGUGAGAGCCACGAGUGUCAAAAUAGUUAUCCAUUUUCCUCAACUCCACCACAAGCAUCACCCUCUGCUUCCCCAUCUCCUCAAAGGAACCCUAAAGAACAUGAUCAAUGCUUUCUGUGCAAAAGGCUUGGCCACUGGUCCAAAGAUUGCCCCAGCAAAACCCUCACAAAAUCACUGGCCUUAAGCCCUGGAUCAGCCUCCUCGCCUUCAGUGCAGGUUCCUGAUCUUCCAGUGGUUCGAUGCCCUUGUGGCCGGGGCACUUGUAAAGUUUCAACUUCGAACACCGUUAAAAAUCCUGGCAGAAAGUUCUAUGCUUGCCCUGUUGAUCGUAGAACAUCGGGUAGUUGCGGAUUCUUCAAAUGGAGUGACGACAUUGCUGCUAGAUUUAAACCUCCUAUGUGUCCAUGUGGUGCCGGGUCAUGCAGUUUAAAUCUCGUAUCAAGUGGUCCAGACAGAGACCGAUGGUAUUUUGCUUGCCGGAUUAAGAAGAAACAUGGAGCUUGUAAAUUUUUCCAGUGGGCAGAUUCUGAAGGGAAUAACAUGCAGAAUAUGCAAGGAGAUGAAAGCAAGGUAUACCCUGCCCGUCGGUCCUUGUUUACUGUAAACAAUGAACUGUGCACGGAAGACAAUAGGAGUUCUGGUGCUGAGUUGGAGUCAACAAUGGUGGAGAGUGAUGAUAAUUAUCCUAUUUCAUCCAUGGAUCCACCUAUCAGAAAAGAUGAGGUCCUUGUUAGGGACCUGGUCAUGCAGGACUCCGAGUCUUGGGAUCUUGUGUCAGGGACAGCACUUGAAGUCCCCCCACUCAUACCCAAGCCUGAGAUUCCUUGCCAAGAACCGGAGUUCUCUUUGCAAAUUUCUAAUGCAAGGCACACAAAGAGUGAAGGCACUUCUCCUUUUGAUCCUGUUAUAGAAGAUGUGGGUGAUAUUGAAGGCCUAGCUCUCUUAGCAGGCAGUUCAUCAAAUGAUGAUGAAAGUGAUAUACAGCAAGGUCCAUUUCUACAAUCUCCUAGAGAGGAUGCUGAGCGUCCAAAUGGUAUUUUUCAGAAGCCUUCAGGGACGAAAACUGUGGUGGAGAACAGUGAUCCAUCAAAGUUAGCCUUGAAAACUUUUGGGCAAGGUUUGCUCGACAUUCUGCAGUCUAUGGAUCGGACUCAGCAUGAAACAAUGUUGAAGGUGGCAGAGAACACUUUUGAUACUUUGCGCCAUCUCUCAAUUGACUAUGCAUCAUUUUCCAAGGCUGUGAGGGAGUACAUUCAAUGCAAAUCAAAACUGGCUGGAAUUGAGGAGUCCAUGGGCGAAGACUUUUCUCGAGAAGAAUUCCUUGACCAUUACAAUGAUAAGAAAACCCAGUUUGACAACAUCUCUCAGCGCCAUGUGGAGGCAGUAUCUGCUUAUGAAGCUUCUGAAAACCACCUCCAAUCACUUCGCGUAGAAGUUUCACGUGUCAAAAACAUGCUUCUUGAUCUGGAGAAACAAUUGUCUUUCUGUGAGGCUGAGACUUUGAGGUGCAAGUCUUGUGUUACUGAAAUUUCUAACCAUAAGUCAGAAUCAGAGAGAAGCUUGGAUGCUGCAUGUGAGAAAAUGGAAGAAGCUUGGAAACUUGAAGACGAGAGGGAUUCAAUGGUAUAUGCUGCAAAUGCAGCAUUAGAGAAUGCAAGGGCUCAGCUUCUUCAGUGACACCACGAGACUUUCGAUUUGUUUCUGCAGUAUCAAGCAAUCUAAGUUACAAUGUCUGUAUGUGGAUGUAUGUACAUACUUGUAAGCGAAUCUAGCAGCUUAAGGCAUGCUCCUCGCACUUGUAAACACUGUGACCUGUAUGGUAUGUAUAAUGUUACGAUACGUCAUCCUAAGUAGUCUAAUGUAGUCUAAUCUGUAAGCUAUUGCUUAUAUAAUACGCGUAUACAUUAUUGA